CUAAUUCCAUUUUCAAUGGCACCCAAAUCCAAAUCCAAAUCCAAAUCCGCCGCUUCCUCUGCCUCCUCAUCCAUCUUCAAAGCAGGCACCUUAGUUGAAAUCAGCUCUGACGACGACGGAUUCCGCGGUUCUUGGUUCACCGGCAAGAUCAUCCGUCGCGUCUCUUCCGACAAGUUCAUGGUGGAGUACGAUACUUUGAUGGAGGAUGAGGAAGGCACUAAGCGUCUGAGAGAACCCCUCAAGGUUCACCAGCUCCGGCCGAUUCCACCGACGGAGACCAACCGGGAAUUCAAAUUCGGUGAAGAAGUUGAUGCGUUUCACAACGACGGAUGGUGGGAAGGUCAUAUCGCUGAAAUAGUGUCGGAUGGAAGGUUCGGUGUGUAUUUUAGAGUCUCCAGGGAGCAGAUCGUGUUCUCUAAGGAGGAACUCAGGCUUCACCGUGAAUGGGUCAAUGAUAAUUGGGUUCCACCCUACCAACAACAGGGUGAUAGUGAAAUCAAGAAAAAUGUGCUGGUGAAGGCUAUUGAAACUGUGACUGAAGAGAAGGAGGAAUUUGAGUUGAAGCCAGGGACCCCGGUUGAGGUGUGUAGUGAUGAAGAUGGUUUUCGGGGAGCUUGGUUUCGUGCCACCCUUGUUGACAAAAAGGGAGCAGACAAGUUUGAGGUGGAAUAUGAGAGCCUGCUGGAUGAUGAAUUGAAUCUAUUAAAAGAAGAGAUAGAUACACUGCACAUCAGGCCAUGUCCACCGAAAACCGCUGAUGUUGCUCAGUUCAAACUUCUCGACGAAGUUGAUGCUUUUUACAAUGACGGUUGGUGGGUUGGUGUUGUUUCUAAAGUUCUUGGGGACUCCAAGUAUAUUGUUUAUUUCAGGAACUCCAAUGAAGAACUGGAGUUUCAGCAUUCCCAGUUGAGGCUACAUCAGGACUGGAUGGAUGGCAAAUGGGUCAUGGUUUCUAAGGCGUUGAAGAUUUGAAGGCUGAAAGUAGCAAGAGAUUGAAGAAAAAACCAGUUAGCUCUGGUAUCAUGAAAAUAAAACAUAUGUAUAUUUGUACUCAGUUCUUAGGAGUCAACGCUUAGAACAUACAGUUCUCAUGGAUCAAAACUUUGGACUUAUAGUUUUCAUGAAUCAAAACUUUGGACUUGUAGUUUUCAUGAAUCAAAAUGUGAACUCAACUUGCUGAGUUAAAUGGCAUUUUAGGUUCCAGAUUAAGUAGCUUGGAUUUAGAGGUGGACCUUUAGAUUCCAAUUAGUAUUAAGUGCUCCGAACUUGCGUUACAUACUUUCAGAUUCCGGUUUGUUAAAGUUCUAUUUUGUGACUUCUUAUGAUUCCUUUCAUUCUUUUAAUAAAUGUAAGUUUUUAAA